AUGACUGGAUCUGGAGGUGAAUUUUCUAUUUCGGAAUUUCAGAAGUUAUCUGAGUAUGUUUCUUCCUCCGAUGAAUCUGGAGAAUCAGAACCGGAACCCUCAGCUUCUGAUGUUCCCGAACACCCUAACUUAAAUCAUAGCGAGUCUUCUUCUUCGGAUGAGGAAAUUGACGUAAACUUAAAUGACCUUCAAUCACUCGUAACUGAAUCUAAACCCAAAUCCAAGCAUAACAACUUGAAGGAUAUAGAGGCAUUGUUUUCUAAAAGCAAAUUAAAUUUGAAAGAGGAAAACGAGUUAAAAAUGAAAAAUAAGCAGAAAGCCGCACAGUUGAUGAGACAUUUUUCCAAGUUUAAGGAUAAGAAAGAGGAAGUUGUUGAGGAAGUGACCUUCAAGGAAUGGCACGUACCUUUAAUGGAAAUCCCUACCAGAGGUAAUUUAGGCCCUAAAUUUAAAAUUAUAGAGGAAGAACCGAAGCCAAAGCGGAAGAAACAAAAAGAUAAUGGAUGA